AUGUAACAAAGUAUCACUUUCAAUUAAUUCAAUACUGACGAUGUUGGUCCUUGGUCUGAUAUCAAUCAAAAUUAUAAAGCAAUCUUAGUAGAGUUUAACUAGCAAUAACCUACUCUGUAUUCUAGUAAAGAAGAAAAGAACAAAUUUAUAACAACCAAAACUAGCUAUACAAAGUUAAAUAAACAAAAUGUUACUACUACAUGUAGUGAAUUUCCAAUUAGAUGUAUAAGAAAUAGAGUCAAAAGCAUCGAUUAACCUUAAAGAUAACUCUUAAAAGUAACACCUGUUAAAUAAUUUUGUGAUUUCAGAUUGUCUAAAGAAUUAUUGAUCUAUCGUAAUACAGCUGAUUUUCCUAAGCAUAAUUUACCCAGAAAUUUCUUAUCUUUCUAGAGAUUCAAAAAGUCAAAUGAAAGAAAAAAGACAUUAAAUUUUUCAGAAAUUAAUCCAUAAUUGUUAUAAAUGCAAAUGUAAAUCAAAAAAAUGGAAGAAAUUGUUUAACAAUAAAAAAAGUAUUCCAGAGAAAUAGGAGCUAAAAGAUUGUCAAAUCCUAAAUUUUAGACCUUCCUAAGCACUCUAUACUGA